AUGGUUAUUUUCGGGUGCCUGGAUGACUUGUUUGCCAAGACCGGCAUUAAACCGAAAGACGUUGGCAUCCUGGUGGUGAACUGCAGCGUCUUCUGCCCUACUCCUUCGCUGUCCGCCAUGGUGGUGAACAAGUACGGCAUGCGCAACGACAUCCAGUCGUACAACCUCGGUGGUAUGGGCUGCAGUGCUGGCCUUAUUGCCAUCAAACUUGCUCGGGAUCUGCUUCAGGUGAUUCCCAACACAUACGCGAUCGUUGUGUCAACGGAGAACAUCUCUCUGAACUUGUACCUCGGAAACCGUCGCUCUAUGCAAGUAUCUAACUGCCUGUUUCGAGUUGGUGGAGCAGCCAUGCUCCUCACCAACAAGAGCAGCGAGCGUUACCGCGCCAAAUACGAGCUGAAACAUGUGGUGCGCACCCAUUUGGGCAAAGACGACAAGAGCUACGGCUGUGUGUUCCAGGAGGAGGACGACAACAAGAUAGUCGGAGUCGCCCUUUCUCGCGACCUCAUGAACGUGGCUGGCGAGGCUCUGCGCACCAACAUCACGACGCUGGGUCCGCUUGUUUUGCCGCUUUCGGAGCAGCUGCUAUUCGCCGCAGUUCUCAUCGCGCGCAAGGUCUUUGGCAUGAAGAUGAAGCCCUAUGUGCCGGACUUCAAGCUCGCAUUUGAGCAUUUCUGCAUCCACGCUGGUGGUCGCGCUGUCAUUGACGAGAUCGAGAAGAACCUGGAGUUGACACAGUACCACGUCGAGCCAUCGCGUAUGGCUCUGUACCGGUUCGGCAACACAUCCUCAUCGUCCAUCUGGUACGAGCUCUCCUACUCGGAAGCACAGGGUCGCGUCCGCCGUGGCGACCGCGUCUGGCAGAUCGCGUUUGGUUCCGGAUUCAAGUGCCAGACGCUUGCCCUUCGCGUGGCUCGCAUGACACCCGACGACGUGCAGACGCUUUGGGAAUUCCUGCACCAGAAUGCCGUUCCUGUCUUCGUCGCCCUUAACAUCAUCCUCCUCGCCGCCGCCUUGUACUUCGCCAGCAGACGCACGCGUAUUUUACUCGUCGACUACGCCUGCUUUCGGCCUUCGGAAGAGCUCGCCAUGACUCGCGCCGAGGGACUCGACUUCGCUCGCCGCACUCCGACCUUCGACGACAAGAGCGUCGAGUUUCAGACCAAGGUCGUCGAGCGAUCCGGUCUCGGGGAUCGGACUUAUCUUCCAAAAUGCCUAAGGACCUUCCCGAUCACCCCGAGCCUGGCGGAGGCUCGGAAAGAAGCGGAGAUGGUCAUUUUCGGCAGUCUUGAUGCGCUGUUUGAAAAGACCGGCCUUAAACCGAAGGAUAUCAGCAUUCUGGUGGUGAACUGCAGCAUUUUCUGCCCGACUCCUUCGCUGUCCGCGAUGGUGGUGAACAAGUACGGCAUGCGCAACGACAUCCAGUCGUACAACCUCGGCGGUAUGGGCUGCAGCGCGGGUCUUAUUGCCGUCAAGCUCGCUCAGGAUUUACUCCAGGUCACCCCCAACACAUACGCAGUUGUCGUGUCUACCGAGAACAUCUCCCAGAACAUCUACCUCGGUACACGCCGCUCCAUGCAAGUCUCCAACUGCCUCUUCCGCCUUGGAGGAGCCGCCAUGCUGCUCACCAACAAGAGCAGCGAGCGUCGCCGCGCCAAGUACGAGCUGAAGCACGUGGUGCGCACGCACAUGGGCCGGGACGACAAGAGCUACAGCUGUGUGUUCCAGGAGGAGGACGACAACAAGGUGGUGGGCGUCGCUCUCUCCAAGGACCUCAUGAACGUGGCCGGGGAGUCGCUCCGCACCAACAUCACGACGCUGGGCCCGCUCGUCCUGCCGUUGUCCGAGCAGCUGUUGUUCGCCGCUGUUCUCAUCGCGCGCAAGGUCUUUGGCGUGAAGAUGAAGCCCUAUGUGCCGGACUUCAAGCUCGCAUUCGAGCACUUCUGCAUCCACGCCGGCGGUCGCGCUGUAAUUGACGAGCUCGAGAAGAACCUCGACCUCACCAACUACCAGACCGAGCCAUCCCGCAUGGCUCUUUACAGGUUCGGCAACACAUCCUCAUCGUCCAUCUGGUACGAGCUCUCCUACUCGGAAGCACAGGGUCGCGUCCGCCGUGGCGACCGCGUCUGGCAGAUCGCGUUUGGGUCCGGAUUCAAGUGUCAGAGUGCGGUGUGGCAGGCUCUUAGGAGGAUCGAUCCCAAGAAGAACAGGGGCGUAUGGGCUGAGUACUAUGACGAAGUGGGUGGCCCGGAGAUCUUCGCUGCAGCGCUCGCUGAUGCUCAAGCUCCUGUCAGGCCGAUUCCAGCUUCAUAG